CUCUCUCUCUCUCUCUCUCUCUCUCUCUCUCUCUCUCUCUCUCUCUCUCUCUCUCCAGUGGGCCUCUUUACGCACUUACCUCGAAGAGAAGCCCCGGGCAGUCUGCAGAGCAGAGGGCGGGGGGGGCAGUCCACUGGGCUGGUGGUCGCUUGGUGCUGUGGAGCGUCCAAAGUUAGCGGUGCGUAAAAACCGGACGCAACUUCCCAUUGGCGACGUUUUCCUCCGUGGGUUCCACCAAGGCGUUCUGCCGGCCUGGUCAGUUAACUAGGGGGGCUUUCUGGCGACACUGGGGUGCCACCCAUGAGACUGGGUCCCGACGCCAGGAUGGAUUUGUUGAGGAAACUGUGGGACGCGCGGAAGCUGAUCCUGGUGGUGUUGAUCCCGCUGUCCCUGCUGCCCCUACCGCUCAUUCACCCCACCAGCGAAGCAUGCUGCGCCUACGUCCUGAUCGUCACGGCGAUCUACUGGGUGUCAGAGGCCGUCCCGCUGGGGGCCGCUGCCCUGGUCCCGGCCUUCCUCUACCCCCUGUUCGGGGUGCUCAAGUCCAGCGAGGUGGCAGCGGAGUACUGUAAAGACACCACCCUGCUGCUGAUGGGGGUGAUCUGUCUGGCCGCCUCCAUCGAGAAGUGGAACCUCCACAAGCGCAUCGCCCUGCGCAUGGUGAUGAUCGCCGGGGCCAAGCCCGGGAUGCUGGUCCUAGGGUUCAUGUGCUGCACGGUCUUCCUCUCCAUGUGGCUGAGCAACACCUCCACCACGGCCAUGGUGAUGCCCAUCGCCGAGGCCGUCCUUCAGCAGCUGAUUGGCACCGGCCUGGCCGACGCCCACCUGGACUCCGAGGAGACGGGCGACGCCCCCUACGAGGACAGCGCCGCCACAGGCAAAGAAGAAAAGAUCGACAAGAAUCAGCUGGAGAUACUAUACCGUGACGACAGUGAUGCUGCCGGACAUGACCUCUCUACCCUGACGGAGGUGAGUGUGACCUUUGCACCCCAGGUUCACAGCGCGGAGAGCAACGGCAUGAAGCGGAUUCGGAGCCCGAGUCAGGCAUUCGUUCAGCAGAGCAACGGACACCUACCAGAGGCGCCCCUCCCGGUGAAGCGGGUGCGGGCGCGGCGGGACUCCCAGUACCCGACCAAGCGGGACCACAUGAUCUGUAAAUGUCUGUCGCUCAGCAUCACGUACUCGGCCACCAUCGGCGGCCUCAUCACCAUCACUGGCACCUCCACCAACCUCAUCUUCGCCGAGCAGUUCAACACGCGGUACCCCGAGGCCAAGGUGAUAAACUUCGGGACGUGGUUCGUCUUCAGCCUGCCCAUUGCCCUCAUCAUGCUGGUGCUCACCUGGCUCUGGCUGCACCUGCUCUUCCUGGGCUGCAACUUCAGAGAGACGUGCUCAUGGAGUAAGAAGAGGAAGACGAGGAGAGAACUCGACUCAGAGAGGAGGAUCCAGGAGGAGUACAUCAAACUGGGGCCCAUCAGCUACCCGGAGGUGGUGACCGGGGUGUUCUUCAUCCUGAUGACGGUCCUGUGGUUCACCAGGGAGCCCGGCUUUGUCCCGGGCUGGACCUCACUGUUUGAGAAGAAGGGCUACAGGACGGAUGCCACCGUGUCCGUCCUCCUGGGCUUCCUGCUCUUCCUCAUCCCCGCCAGGCGACCCUUCUCCUCUUCCUCCAGCUGGAGAAACAGAGACGACGUGGACCCUGACCCUCUGGCCCCCAUGAUCACCUGGAAGGACUUCCAGAAGCUGAUGCCCUGGGAGAUCGUCAUCCUGGUGGGGGGCGGCUACGCCCUGGCCGCCGGCUGCAAGGUGUCGGGGCUGUCGGUGUGGAUUGGCAGGCAGCUGGAGCCAAUGAGCGGCCUCCCUCCCUGGGCCGUCACGCUGCUGGCCUGCCUCCUGGUCUCCGCGGUAACCGAGUUCGCCUCCAACCCAGCCACGCUGACCGUGUUCCUGCCCAUCCUGUCUGCACUGUCAGAGACCCUGAUGAUCAACCCCCUCCACUGCCUCAUCCCUGCCACCAUGUGUGUGUCCUUCGGCGUGAUGCUGCCAGUGGGGAACCCCCCAAACGCCAUCGUCUUCAGCUACGGCCACGUCAAGAUCAGCGACAUGGUGAAGGCAGGCUUCGGGGUGAACCUGAUCGGCGUUGCCGUGGUGAUGCUGGCCAUCUCGACCUGGGGGGUCCCCCUCUUCCACCUCACGGAGUUCCCCGCCUGGGCGCUGGCCAGGAACACCACCAUGCAGAGCUUAUAACUCCAGGAGAGAGAGAGAGACAAAUUUUCCUGGCAGGAGUUGGAUGAAAAAUGAGCACAUACAACGUAGAUCUGCUGCUAUAGACGAGACCAAGGAAUGCAAACAUACACAAAUACACUUUAGACUGAGUUGUUUUGCAUAACUAGUGUUUCGAGUUCGCCAAAAAGCCAAACUGAUGGUUUUUAUUUUUGUACUCUUUAAAAUCGUCUGAAAGACGCCUAAGAUCAGAUUCAGCCACUAGGGGGUGCUACAAAGUGGAUUUAUUUUCUAUGGCGUUGUGCCUGUUUCGAGAAUCGACAAUCAUGCUGCCAAUUCUGAAAUUUUAAACACUGUUUGAAGAAUGACGUUACACUGACAGACCUUAACCUUAAAACCAGUGUGCCUGGUUUGGUCGAUGCUGCUCUGAACAGAUGCAUGUGUGGACAGUAAUGAUGACCACUCAUUUGUAAAGGACUGUGACUUGCUUCCCUCAGUGCAAGUUGUAGAGGAGUCGAAGAUGGUAUACUGAACAGUAUUAAGGGUUAGGGUUAAGUUAAGAUCACGCACAGGUUAUAGUUUUCGGGGCAUUUGUCACUUUAAAAGACUCCAUCAUCCCUCCUGCCUUUGUUACAGGCUCAAUAGUGUUUUUUUGUAUAUUGUUUUGUUCAUUGUAAAACAGAAUCUGGUUUGAGAAGGUUCCAGUUAAUCACCCCCCCCCCCCUUCCUCCCCGCAAUACAGCCAGCCUAUCCAGAGCAUCUGGACUGAGACCAAUUGUUUAAUUACUGAUGAUUAAUCACGGCAGUGGUCGCCGUGGCGACUGGCAGUGAAAGGGGGGAGGGGGGGUGUAUAAGAUCUAUGAUACGUUCUAUUUUUACACAAAUUCAUCAUGUAAAUGUGUGCCUUUUUUUGUACUACAUUAAGAUAGGUAGACACUAUAUAAAUAGAGCAGGAUUUAUUUCCAGUUAUUUAUUUCAGUUUCACACACUAGUUUUCAUACUUCGACGGCGAAUCCACACCUGGUGUACAUACAAGAUGACUUGUAAUAUAUGAAUAACGUGCCUUCUUCUCCUGUGAUCAGAAUCAAAUGUAAUAUUCAUCUGAAUGUUUCAAUGACUUGUGUUUGAAAUAUAUCCAGUACAUCGAUAGAAUAGGGAUAGGAUUAUAAUAAAUUAAAUUAAAACGGAUUACAAUGAA